AUGACGUUGUUGUCCAUCUAUGAUAUCGAAAUGUCUCAACAACAAUAUGUCUACAACAAGCACGGAUACCCCAUGUCAGUUUCCACUAAUGGGGGAUACUCACAAUAUGAAGAUAACAAUCAACUAGACACGUCACCAACGUUUGGACAAAUGUACUCCAUCUCCAAGAUGAACAGUAAUAACAAUAAUAAUAAUAAUAGUAAUAAUAUGGGCGGAGAUAUGAGUUAUCAACACGAAUACCUUUCCUCGAAUUCAUCACCAACAGAUCAACACUCUUUGAUUCCCGGGUCUGCUUCAUCGUCUAUAUCAUCCAGUAGUGGGAUCCCCGAGUACUCGUUUCAUGUUCCAAGGUUAAGAUAUUUCUUAUCAAAGUCAUUUGAAAUAGAAGACGAUUUGGAAUUUUGUCCUGCUAUUCCUGAAAACUUUAACCAAUUACAGCUGCAACUGCUUCUGCAACUUAACACUACACAAGUGUCUCCACAACCAAAGAAGUUCAAUCCCUACACAGCUUCGGUGUUUUCUCCCACAAGCUCAGCUAAGGAAUCAGUCACUAGUAGUACACCUCCAACCUCAGCUACAUCUCCUCGUGUUCAUACCCCUAGAAUUAGAAAACCUAUUGAGAUCAUCAACCCUCAGACAAGAAUGAGAAUCAGUUCACCUGCUCUAAGCACAAAGUAA